AUGGGGAUAAGGCAGUUGUCGAAGUUGUUGAAGGAGAACUGUACGAAAGGGAUCAGAGAGAGGCCGUUGUCGUACUACUCGUCUAAGAGUGUUGCGGUCGAUGCAUCGAUGUCGCUGUAUCAGUUUUUGAUAGCUGUUCGUUCUGAGGGAGCAAUGCUAGGGGUUGGGGAUGCAGCUACAUCGCACCUGGUUGGGAUGUUUUACAGGACUGUCAAGAUGGUGGAGCUUGGGAUUCUUCCGGUAUAUGUGUUUGAUGGAGUGCCUCCAGCACUCAAGAUGAGGGAGCUGGAGAAGAGGAGUGAGCGAAGGCUUGCAGCAGACAAGGAUUAUAAGGAGGCAGAGGAGGCAGGCGACAAGGAAAAGAUGGAUAUGCACUCCAAGCGGAAGGCAAAGGUGAGUUCGGUGCAUGUUGAUGAAUGCAAGAGGCUACUGAGCCUGAUGGGGAUGCCUUUUGAGAAUGCGCCUAGUGAGGCAGAAGCACAUUGUGCGUUUCUAUGCAAGAAAGAGGCUGUGUAUGGGGUUGCCACAGAAGACAUGGACGGACUAACGUUUGGAGCGCCUGUGCUUUUGAGAAACUUUUUUGGAUCGAAUGCAAAGAGACACAUGGUUACUGAGUACAAUCUUGAGCUGCUGAUGAAGGAGCUGUCACUUGAGAAGAAGGAGUUUAUCGACCUGUGCAUACUACUGGGAUGCGACUACUGUGAAGGGAUAAGAGGAGUUGGUCCAAAGAGAGCAUUGGCGCUGAUACGAGAGCACAGAAGCAUUGAAAAGAUCGUUGAGAACGAGAGACUUGAUGUUUGUAAGGAUUGGGGAUACAAAGAGGCAAGGAGGAUGUUUGAAGAUCUUGCAGGUGCUGGAGAAGCAAGCAGGUAUAGCAUUAAUUGGGAUGCAGUAGACAGGGAAGGAAUAACUGAGUUUCUUGUUAAUCAAAGAGGAUUUGAUUUGGUUAGGGUAAACCGAGCGGUUGAUAAACUGCUUGCCACGAAGGGAAAAGGAACACAAGGAAGGCUGGAUUUAUUUCUUGCACAAGACAAAUGA